AUGGCUUUACCUUUCAGUAAAGAUCCUACAUGGUGUAAACCCAUGCCUGUCAAUGGACAAGGGGUUUUCACAUUCAACAUUAUCCGGAGCAGUCCUUUCCGUAUUGUCAUCUCUAAUUCGCCUACUAAUGACACUAUCAUGCUCACCAUUGGUAGCAACUUCGCUGAAUUUGGCUUGACACAUGAAAGCACAUAUGAAACUCUUCAUCGGUCAGACCAACCUGAUUGUGGUUACGACGCUGGUCAGAAGAUUUCCUAUUGGUUCAGCUAUAACCGAGAUAGCCUCGUUCUGAAAUACGGUAAAGGCUACACUAUGGAAGAAACUACUUUGCUGGAGUACGAUUUUCUUAAAGACAAAACCCCAGAAGAAGCAGAGCAGAUUAGAGAAAAAUAUCAUGGUCUUUUUAACGCAGAAGGUCAAGGUCUGGUGCGUCUGUAUGACAGCGAUCAGUUGCGAGGUUCUUCAAACUCUUCAAGUAUGAUAGACAUAGAGAAAAAAGUUGCAUUCUAUAAGAACCCUUUUGUCAGCAACCUAUCCCCUAUCGUCAUGGACAGCUCCAAAGUGACUCUCUUUACACUGGACAAUGCUAAUUACAUGCUUACAGGAAGUCUUCCACCUGCCUGCAAGGAGCUGUAUGAUAACAUAGGAAACUGUGAGCUAAACUGGCCACCGGAAGUGGACGAAGUUCUUCUCUCAGAUGCUAUACGCUUCAGCAUUGAAACCGAAGGAUGCCUCCUUUACGAAACACUAAAAUCUAAAUCCGGCGAGUUCGGUCCAGACAGUGGGGCAAAUGAGACUUACCUGCGCGUGACACUUGGGCACAGUCUUGGGAACUCGCCUGGAAUACCUUACGUCCUUGAGAUUUGGCCUUCAAACCACUACAGUCCUAUACAUAACCAUGGAAACUCGAACGCUGUUAUCAAAGUCCUGUUUGGUCAAAUCAACAUUUCCAUUUACAACAAACAGACAACAGACCCAAAUGCAGUUCCUUUGAGGAAGUUUAAUGCUGUCAAAGGAAAUGUAACAUGGAUCAAUAGGAACUGGUUCCAAACACACAAGCUCUGGAACGACACUGAUGACUUCUGCGCCACCAUCCAAUGUUAUAACUACGACGCAGGGGACACAACUCACUGGCCAUACUUCGACUACGUCAGUGAGAACAGUACCAUUGAAGAGUUUAUACCUAACUCGGAUUUCACAUUUAGAGAGAUGCGAGACAAGGUGUUGGCAGAAUACCGACAUGGAUUCACCCCAAUCAACCCACCGCAAUAGCCGAUGUAGACGAACUGCAUCCUUCUGUUGAAACAUGACAACAUGACUAUCACUCUAAUCUGAAGAGAAGAAAAUGAUAAUGAGCAUUGCUUGACUGUGUUUAUCAAUCUUUUAUGCUCUUCUAUAUCACAUAAUAUUGAUAUCAUAUCGUUUGAAUGAUACUUAUUUCAAGAUAUUUUUUUUCGAAUCGAAGACGUGUUUUUCCAGUGUCAAUUGCAAACCUAUAUGAAGCAAAUCCUUUAAUGCUUGUUGACUGGCCACCGUUUCCCUGACGUUUAGUUUCGGCAUUUUAAACAUCAAUUGAAAACAUAAUUAUUCACAGUUAAAUUGUUCAAAUUCAAAUUAUCUAAUAGAAAAUAAAAUCGGUUUUGUAUUAACGUUCAAUUUCUUUAAAAGAUAUCUUGUUCUUCAGGAAUUAAAGAAUAUUGUCCAAAUAUGGUAUUAAACUGCUUGGGUGUAGGCAAAUCAGUUUUGUAUAAACGCCCUGUCUGACCCACCUGGGCCAGAGGGGCGGGGCCUCAUAGUGUGCAUAAUGGUACAUUUAUCAAUAUUCUUAUCAAUAUUUGUAUUUGCAUAAACUAUCUUGUUUUGCGAUAAAACAUAUAUUCUCUGUGUAUCCUACAAAGUUUUUAGGAGCGUGGCAGUUGUUACGGACGCUGCCGUUACCAGCUGAUAACUGUACAGUUGAUCCAUAUAGAUGACUUAGAUAUGUAUAUUUUUUGGCAUGGUUCAGUAGAAAUGCUAAUUUUUUAAAUAUGAAAACAAUACACAUUUAGAUAUCUUUCAAUUUAUGCAUUAUAUCGAAAGCAUCAAGGACACUUAGAGAGAGAGAGAGAGAGAGAGAGAGAGAGAGAGAGAGAGAGAGAGAGAGAGAGAGAGAGAGAGAGAGAGGAAUAACGCCGAAGCGAGGUACCAUCUUGAAAGUCAUUCCGAGGUCAGAUGGCUCCUGAGAAUCAUUCGAUGGUUUCCGAUUGCGUAAUCGGUGAUAAAACAGGAUUUUAUGCAUAAUUAACAGAAACGUGGGAAA